AUGGAGACUGCUUCAGAGGAGUCAACAAGCUGGUCAAACGCGUACAAAGGCAUAUCCUCUGACAACAUAAAGGGCUUGGUGUUGGCCGUUUCUUCGAGUUUCUUCAUUGGUGCUAGCUUUAUCGUCAAGAAGAAGGGUUUGAAAAAGGCUGGUGCUUCUGGGGUCAGGGCAGGUAUUGUUGCGUUUUUUUUAAUCGUUGACGCUUUUGAAUCUGGUAAAGCACUGUGGUUGAGAAG